UUGCCUGCCUUACCCAAAGAAGAAGAAGAAGACGCGCAGGCGCAGACGCAGACGCACAGCACGACAGGCUAGCUGACGUUAGCUGAAACCUGAAACACUGAAAGUUCCUCUCAGCCGGUCUCACCAUGAAAGAUGUCAGCGGGUUCCUCAAACAGCAGCAGAGCAGCAGCUCCACGCCGGAGAUGGCGGCAGAAUGGCACACUUUGGAGGAAUAUUACAACAAAAGGUUGUGGCAUCAGUUGACUCUGAAGCUGACGGACUUCGUUAAAGAUCCCUGCUUCAAAACAGGAGAUGGCCUCAUACAGCUCUAUGAUAACUUCAUCAGUGACUUUGAACACAGAAUCAACCCACUGUCCUUGAUGGAGAUUAUUCUGUAUGUAGCCAGACAGAUGAAAGACCCUAAAGAUGCCAUCACUUUUCUGGAGAAGACCAGAGAAAAGGUGAAGAGCAGCGAUGAAGCCGUUAUUCUCUGCAAGACUUCGAUCGGCAGACUCAAACUGGAGAUCAACGAUCUUCCUGCGACGAAGGUAAAACCUCUCACCGAGCUCUGCCUCUCACCCGAGCACAUUCAGUGUGUUUGGAGCGGCUGUUAGUGUCCACAUGUAACG